AUGAAGCCCUCCACUCUCCUCUCUGGCCUAAUCGCACUCGUACCCUCUCUGGUACAUGGUGUGACCGUCCCUGGAGGGGAUACACCCCUGUUCUAUUUGGUAGCCAGCGGACCUGACUCUGCUGGUGUUAAUUUCUUGCCCGUCCGACUCCACGGCGGCUCGAUCCAAUCUGUCCUAACGGGUACAGGCCCCAUCGCAAAGUACUACUUCCGCCAAGGCCAGCUCGUCGCUCUCGAUCCCAACUAUCCGGAUGGGACUUUGAACUGGAGGCCGCUGGUUAACACUUUGCAAACUGGAACCGCUACCUGCGCAACCUACGGCCAAUUCUCCAACGUCCUUGGUGCAAGCACUAACAAAUGCGCAUCUUACAACUCGUUCUACCUCGAGGCUAACCCCGAGAACAGCCAGCUGGGUUCGAGGCUGACGUUUAAUUGGCAGGGAGGGUUUUAUGUUUGUGGGACUGCCAAGGAGGUUUGGUACAAAGUGUCGUCUAGCGAUGGACCUGGGGAUUGCACGCCCAUCCAGCUGUAUACCGUUCCUGUCGUCGAGUAG